AAUCUAGCAAAUAUUUUUAAAAAAACGUCAUGCCAGAGACCAGGCCACAUCAUGAUUCGUGUCCCCAACACUCAAGAAAUCACUGAUGCUGGCCAGGGAACAAGUCAUACAUCUUAAGCUGUACUCAUUUAGAUGUGGACUUUUUUUUACAUCUAAAUAUUCCUUAAGGAGACCAGGACCUAAAGAAACAGGUGAACAUGUCAAUCCUGUGUCAGGACCGAAGCAGUCGCUGGCAGGAUAUUCAGAAUGGGCUGCAGUUCAUCCAGUCAACUCUGCCCUAUCCUGGAACUCAGGAACGAUAUGAGGUGUUCAUUCAGGACCUUGUGAAGAAUCUGUUUGGUGAAGGAAAUGACGUGUUCAAUGAAGGGGAAUGGAUGCGAUCUAUAGAAAUGUACACUGAGGCCUUGAGCAUAGCAGAAUAUGCAGAUUCGGAAGACAUCAGUGUACCUACUGGAACGUUGGAAAAGCUGUAUGCCAAUCGAGCUGCUGCUUACUUGAACGUUGUACCGGGUCUGCAUGAUGAAGCACUAGUAGACUGUGAGAAAGCUCUUCAAUUGAAUGAGGGAAACCAUAGAGCUCUUUAUAGGAAAGCCAGAGCCUUGAAAGAGAUGGGCAGGCAUAAAGAGGCCUAUGAGACUGUAGCAAAGUGCUCCCUUGCAGUGCCUCAGGAUCCCAAUGUCAUAGGAUUGACUCAGGACCUGGCCAAAAUGUUGGGAUUGAAAAUCCGUAAAGCCUAUGUCAGGAGUAAGCCUGCCUUAAAUGUUUUGCCUGGAUCGAGCUAUUCAGGUGCAUCCAAUGACAAGUCUCAUGGAUCUACAUCUGUGGAAGAUAUAGAAAUUGAAGUGAAUCAGCCCCCUCAGGAAACUGACGGUCCAGACCCAGCCCCCCCAAGCCAUGACCCAUUGGCAGCAAUGAAGGUGCACCCCCCUCGGAAUGAGAGACUAGAAACUGAAUCCCCCCCUGUCAGCAUCAUCCCUUCAGUAUCGCCUGUUGAGGUUCACACCCCAGAGCCCAAUCAUGUUCCGGUGCCCCUGCUUAUGCCCAUUUCCAAGCCCAUGCAUACGUUGGUCAAUGGUGCCAGAGCCAGCCCUACCCAGUCUUAUCAUUUGCCAAUGCAAAAGUCUCACCCGGACUUCGAUGCGGAAAUUAUUGGAGAUGACCUGGAUGAUCUGCUGGACCAAGCUGGCCCCGGGCCCACAGAAUCUCCCAUGGUACGUUCAUGGGAGAUUGCUGCUAAUGUCAUUCCCACCAUGAAGGGCCCUAUCCCUUUUCCAACCAGUGCCCCCUCAAAUGCCAUGUCUAGUCCUUUCCUUAUGCCAUCUCACAUGAACCCUUUUAUGCAUGUGACAUCACAGUGCACAGUGACUCUGCCUCCUCCCUACCACAAGCCACAAGCCAGUGGGUACUCUUUAGGUCUGGACACCUUCGGGGUCUCCUCUCCAUUGGACUCACUGGACAGUCUCUCCAUGUCAGAGCCUCAGACAGGUAUGCAAGGAGUUGCAUACAGCCAGUUUAACGGAUAUAGUCAGCAUCCAUUCAUGCAGUUGACUGACCAUGAUAAGCCAAUGGGAAUGGCCCUGGGGAUGCCGGAUGUAACCCCCCUCCCUGCUGUUGUGGAUCUGGCCAAAAAUCCCCUGGCUGAUACUCAUGAAUUCAAACAGGCAUGCUCAAACUGCUAUGUCAAAACUGGGCUUGGAGUGUUGGAUUUCACACUCUAUACCGAAGAGCACAAAUGCAAGAAGGACAUAUUACUUGGAAGGAUAAAAAAUCAACCAGACAAGUCAUGGAAGCUGAUCAGACCCAGACCGACAAAAUCCCAGUAUGUUGGGCCAUACUACAUCUGCAAAGAUGUCGCCAUUGGAGAGGGGUGCAGGUACCCUGGUCACUGCACAUUUGCCUACUGCCAAGAGGAGAUUGAUGUUUGGUCCCUGGAGCGCAAAGGCUUCAUCUGCAGAGACUUUCUCUUUGAUCCAUUUGGGCCCACCAGUAAGAUCAAUCUGACUGUCCCGAAGAUCCUACAGGAGCAUCACGGAAUAUUCAUGUUCCUCUGUGGAGUGUGUUUUGAUCACAAACCCAGAAUAAUCAGCAAAACCAAUAAGGACAACCCAUCUCUUUGCUCUCACCCCGUGACAAAACAUGCCUUUGAAGAUCAGAAGUGCCUGGUCCACAUUCUGAGGGAGAACACUGUGCGCUACUCCAAAAUCCGUCCGUACAGUCCGCAGAACCAGAUGGACAUCUGUCGGCAUGAGGUGCGCUACGGCUGCGUGCGGGAAGACGAGUGCUUCUAUGCCCACAGCCUGAUCGAGCUGAAGGUGUGGAUGAUGCAGCACCAGCUAGGCAUCACUCCUGAAAAUAUAGUCCAUGAGGCCAAUAGGUUUUGGAACAUGGAGGCAGGCUCCCAAGGAACCCUGCAAUUCACCACACCACUGAAGAGGUUUGGACCCCCAAAUCUGAAGAUGCAGUUUGUGUGUGGGCAGUGUUGGAGAAACGGCCAAGUUAGUGAGGCAGACAAGAACAAGAAGUACUGCACUGCCAAAGCCAGGCAUUCGUGGUCAAAAGACAAACGAGUGGUGCUGGUGAGUUCCAUCGAACGCAAGAAGUGGACAACGAUCCGCCCUCUCCCAACAAAGAAGCCCAUCCCGUCUCAGUUUGAGAUUUGUAUGCACGUGUCUACUGGCAAAAAGUGCCAGUACAUCGGAAACUGCACGUUUGCACACAGCACAGAGGAAAGGGACCUGUGGACAUACAUGAAAGAGAACAACAUUCCUGACAUGGAGCAACUGUAUGAGCACUGGCUGCAGUCUCAGAAGCCUGGCUGGAGCGAGGAUGCCUCCAACAGCUCCAUCAAGGAGAACGGGAAGCAGAUCCACAUGCCCACAGACUAUGCUGAGGAGAUGACUGGCAACCACUGUUGGCUUUGUGGUAAGAACUGCAACAGUGACAGGCAGUGGCAGCAGCACAUCACUUCAGAAAAACACAGAGAGAAAGUGUUUAACUCUGAAGACGAUCAGAACUGCUGGCAGUAUCGCUUCCCCACUGGCACCUUCAGAGUUUGCGAGAGAUACCUUAAAGGCACUUGCACAGAGGAGGAGUUGUGUAAACUGGCUCAUGGAAACGAAGAACUAAAGGAAUGGACGGAGCGCAGGGAGUUCCUUUUGAUGAAACUGGCCAAAGCCAGAAAAGACCAUCUUAUAGCCCCAAAUGACAAUGACUUUGGCAAAUAUAGUUUUCUGCUUAAAGACAUAAAGUAAUGAUUUGAUGACAAUGAUUAUGUUGGGAUGCAAUAUAUUUUGCAGUGUUAAGUAAAAGAGGUACAGGUUCAGGUAAGCCUUUGGGAGGAUCUAGUCUGUACCAUUAAGAGGAGAGAUGCAGAUCACAGCUUGAUUUUAAUGGGAAGUACACUGUUGGCCAUGUGCUCCAAAUAAUCAUAGCGGUGUUCCUUUUAUCACAGAUAAAGAGAUGCACCAUUGCCUUUUACGUAACGUAGCAAUCAUUGACGCGUCACAAGGAUCGCUUGUCAUAAAAUGGAUUGAUGUCCUGCUCAGAGAAGCCAAAGCAGGGGUAGACACCAUCAGAACAGCUCUUAUGUCGAAAGGUCACAAAAAAGGCUUGUUUUUGUAUUUGAGUUUUUAAGAAAGGUUCCUUUUUGUUUUAUACGAUUCAGAAGUCUGAAGAUUGGAAUGUUUUGAAAUGGAAUUAUGCAUCCUUUCAAAAAUUAUGUUCACGUAGGUCUUUUUCAUUAUUUCCAUAAUUUGUUGCAUUUAUGCCUGUUGGUUUUGGAAUAUGCCAACCAACCAAAAUAAAAUCUUGAUUUCUUGUUGCAAGUA